AUGGUUGAAGAUGAAAACAAAUGUAUAGCCCUUGACCUUGAAAUCGAGGACCAUGAUUUACUAUCUACGAUAAGUUUUUUCUCUCAGGCAUCCGAGCAUGAGGAGAAUGUUGAUGAGCUUAUUGGCGUUGAAAAUGGUGAAGGUAAUUUUGUUGUUGAUCCAUAUAUCGGAAUGGAGUUCUCUACUCGUGAGGAAGCUUAUAAUUUCUACAAUGCAUAUGCCAGACUUAAGAGAUUUGGUGUUCGCAAGGGUCACACAACUUGGUCGAGAAAGAAAGAUGCAAUCAUAUCUAGAAUAUUUGUAUGUGACAAGGAAGGGUUUAAGUUUUUAAAAGAUAAAAGAGAAGAAGGUCGGAAUGUAAUUCGAAAGUUUGAUACAAGGUGUGGAUGCAACACAAGGAUGGUUAUUGGACUCGAUAGAAAUACUAAAAAAUAG